AUGAUUAUAAACAUCUUCAGAUUCCUUAUUGGAAUUCUUGGUACUAUUGGCAUUUGCCUCGUCAUCAACAAAAUUCUGAACCGAAUCGUGCUUUACAAAUCAUCCACCACGCAAUCAUGGGACUGGAGCAAGGAAAUCGUGCUCAUCACUGGUGGUAGUGGCGGCAUCGGCUCUGAAAUGGUCGACAAAUUCUCCCGCAGAAACGUCAAAGUUGUAUCCUUUGACAUACACCCACCAAAACGCGCACUCUGUACAAAUGCCCAUUUCUACAAAGUGGACGUCACUUCGCCACAUAGCAUACAUGAAGCCAUGGAACAAGUCCGUCGGGACAUUGGAGAUCCAACGGUCCUGAUCAAUAAUGCUGGCAUCGCCUUAGGCAAAGACAUUCUUGCUUGCACUGCAGACCAGAUCAAGCAGAUGGUCCAGGUCAAUCUGCUGGCGCACUUUUGGCUUGUGCAAGAACUGCUCCCAUCCAUGGUCAAGCAGAAGCACGGUCAUGUCGUUACAAUUGCUAGUGUGGCUAGCUUCAUUACUAUCGCAAGCAAUAUCGACUAUAGCUGUACGAAGGCUGCGUUAGUAGCCUUCCAUGAAGGCCUAACGCAAGAUCUGAAGCAUAGAUAUAACGCAAAAGAUGUACUGACAAGCAUUAUUUUCCCCUACUGGGUUCGCACGCCACUGAUACAGAAUCUUGCUACACAUUCGACUUUCCACGAUCCACUUCAGGAGCCAAACGACGUGGCUGAAGCGAUUGUAGAUCAUGUCUUGGAUGGCCGCCGCGGAGGCCUCUUUCUGCCAGGCUAUGGAGGCCUUUUAUCUGGGAUUCGCGGAUUUCCUGCUUGGAUGCAGGAGAUGAUUCGGGACAGUAAGGCCGGCGUCCUACGGGAAACUAGCUUUUGA